AAAACCUGUCAAAUGCGUCCGUCUUCCGGUCUAACUGGUCCGUCGAUUAAUUCGUUCCGGAAGAAACAAAAAAGAACAGGUUAUGGCAACAACAAUUGAGGAAAACGGUCCUUCGACACGAGAGCAGACGGAGGUUCCCUCUUCGUCUCUGGCCAGACAGAAGCUGGAGGGACUCCUGAACAAGAACAUGAGGAUCCGCAUGACGGACGGACGGACUCUGGUAGGACUCUUCCUCUGCACGGACCGCGACUGUAACGUCAUUCUCGGCUCUGCUCAGGAAUUCCUCAAAUCUCCAGACACGUUCUCCCAGGGCGAGCCCAGAGUUCUAGGUCUGGCCAUGAUCCCCGGGCACCACGUGGUCUCCAUCGAGGUGGAGGCAGACAGUCUCGAAGACGCUCCUGGAUUUGGAGCCACCUGCUGAGGAAGCCCUGGAAAUUUGAGACUUCAAUACCCAUCAUGCUUCGCUGCCUGUUGGACAACCUGAGACAUUUGGACCUCCGUGUGGAUGGAUCUAUGAACACAGACCGUUUGGAUUUAGGCGGUCCAUCAAAGACUGAAAGGAGGGUUCUGCUAGCUGAACAUGUGGAGACGGACUGAGUAAACAUCUAAGCUACAGCGUUGUGAAAAUAAAUUGUUUGAAGCUUUUGGUUCCUGAAAAACUUAAGAUAUGUGGACCAUAUUUAUUUUAUAUUUGGAAAUUACAAUUUAUUUUAAAUUUGACAGUGAAGCCAGCAAUUUCUUCAUUUAGUGCUGCCAUUGGGGCAAACCUGUUGCAUCUUUUCAAAAUAAAAGUACGCAAAUUGGCUUUUUACUUAUUUUUUUGCAAGUAAAAAAAAUUAUCCCUGGUUUGCCGUUUUUAAGUUUAUAUAAAAUGAAAAUAAAGUUUUU